UUUGACAACCCUAGUUUCUUUCCAAGCGUGGCGGCCAUAGAAAAAGUAGUCAAAAGAUAAAAAUUGUUGUAAAACUGUAGUCAUAGAAGAAAUUAUUAACAGCAAAAGUUCGUUUUGCUAGACACUCGAAUACACUGCAGCGGUUGAUUUCAAAGCUAAACAGGUUCGAUCUAUUGGUACAAGAUGGUCAAGGAAACUGGGUACUACGAUUUGCUGGGCGUGAAGCCGAACGCAACUCCCGAAGAGCUGAAGAAGGCCUACAGGAAGCUGGCCCUCAAGUACCAUCCCGACAAGAACCCCAAUGAGGGAGAGAAAUUCAAAGCCAUCUCGCAAGCGUACGAAGUGCUGUCGGACGUGGACAAGCGUCAGGUGUACGACGAUGGUGGCGAGGCGGCCAUCAAGAAGGGCGGUGCCGACUCUGGCGACUUCCGUAACCCCAUGGACUUCUUUGAGAAGUUCUUCGGUGCCGGAUUCGGUGGUGGCGGCGGUGGUGGACGACGUCGCGAGCGACGCGGCAAGGAUGUGGUGCACCAGAUGUCGGUGCAGCUGGACGAGCUGUAUAACGGCGCCACGCGAAAGCUGCAGCUGCAGAAGAACGUGAUUUGUGACAAGUGCGAGGGCCGCGGUGGCAAGAAGGGCAGCAUCGAGAAGUGCGGCAACUGCCGGGGCAAUGGCGUGGAGGCGCGCGUCCAACAGAUUGCACCUGGCAUCAUGCAACACAUCGAGCAGGUGUGCCGGAAGUGCUCUGGCACCGGCGAGGUCAUACAGGAGAAGGAUCGCUGCAAAAACUGCACCGGCCGGAAGACGGUGCGCGAGCGCAAGGUGCUGGAGGUGCACAUCGAGAAGGGAAUGCGGGAUGGUCAGAAGAUAGUAUUCACAGGCGAGGGCGAUCACGAACCCGACUCACAGCCGGGCGAUAUCAUUAUACUGUUAGACGAGAAGGAGCAUUCAAUCUUCGCACAUGCCGGCCAGGAUCUUAUGAUGAAGAUGCCGCUGCAGCUGGUGGAGGCGCUGUGCGGCUUCCAGCGCGUGGUCAAGACACUGGACGGUCGUGAUCUGGUCGUGGCCACGCAGCCCGGCGAAGUCAUUCGCCACGAGAUGACCAAAUGCAUCUCGGAAGAGGGCAUGCCCAUCUUCAAGAACCCAAUGGAGAAGGGAAUGCUGAUCAUUCAGUUCGAGGUGAUCUUCCCCGAUGUGAUCAACCCAUCAGUGGUACCGACGCUCAAGCAAUGCCUGCCACCGGCCCCAGAGGUCGACAUUCCAUUCGAAGCAGAGCAAACGGUUUUGGAGGACUUUGAUCCCAAGCAGCGCCGCCAGCAACACCAGCGCAUGGCAUAUGACGAGGACGAUGGCGGCUAUCAGGAUGGCCCCCGCGUCCAGCAGUGCACAUCAAGCUAAGCGGUUAUACAUACUUACAUACUUAGUAACCCCCAGAAACACCCCAAAAGCCCAAUCAACCCAUAUGUAAACGGCGUGCAAGCGCUUUACCCCACCACCCCUAGAUCCCGAACACCAACCACACUGUAACUAAAGCUUGCGAUGGCCGAAGAACACCCGACACAGACCCAUGUUGCAUGUUGCAUUGUACUACUCCACAAACACUACACUACAAUACAACAAUAUACACAACACAACAUAUACGAAAAGUAAAACCAAUACAGAACAUAAGGUUAUUUCUUCAUCUGGCUCUACGAGAUAUGAAAAAUGCUACGAUAACGAUAUUUAGUCUAGGUCUAAAUCAAUGGAAACACUUAUCAGAUGUGCACUAUGUCUAUAACGCGUGGUUGUUCAAGAAAGAAAACACUAACGAGAAUUAUAUCUUCUUCUGCAUACGUUUAUGUUGAGUUACCGAUUGUCAUCGAUGAACCCGAAGAAACUGAAACUGAAACUCUGAUACCGCUAACAGCAAAGCAGCCGCCACUAGAACCGUAUCUAAGAAACAACGUCUAGCAACAAGUUUAAGUUAUUUAAUUCCAGCAUAAAUAAAAGCGUUAGUUUAAACGGAUAUAACAAAUAAAUAAUUAAUACACACAA